AUGUUUCAUGCUGAGUCCAGCGAUUGUCCCAUUCGCACACACGAGGAAGAAGAACGGUUGCUCUCUCUCAAGAGAAAGAGAGAGCUAUUGCAAGAUCAGGACAAUACAUACACGAAAUCCAAGCUGAGCUCCAGCGUAGAGGAAGGAGAACAAGGGUCAGCCUCCGAGGAUGAUGGCAUUAUUCGAAAUCAUGAUCAUUUGAAAAAAGUGAAAAAAUUCAAUCAUCACAGCAAUGAUGAAACAUUGGAUUUAAAAUACUUGUUAUUGCAACACUAUGAAGAUAAUUUUCCAAAGCAUGGAGCCAAUGUAUUUGCUGAACAAGUUCAUCAGGAGUUGGAUGAUGAUACAAGUAGUGAAGGCAGCAAUGAAGAUGAGAAGUUUAAUCAAAUUUGGCGCGUUCGUAAGAUUAGACACUUUCUGUCAUCUCUGAUUCUUGGCAUUCAGAAUUGGACCAGUGCAGAUUCAUUGAAGUGUUUGGAAAUGCAUUCAGAUCAGACCUCUUCAAAAUGUGACACAAUGCACUUGCCAACAAAUGAUGAUACAUCUCGUAGCAUUGGUGAAGACGAUGUCACGAAGAAGGAGCAUGUAAUCAAACUGUUCUCCGAACUGUUUACAAAGAGAGAAAUGAUCGAAUCCAUUUCACUUUUUCUGGCAGACAGAAUGGUAAAACGAUGUCAGAUACAUGACGAAGAGUUUAUCAAAAAUCUGAUUCGAUCAAAUUUGAGAUUUGAAGAUGAACAGAAUUUUGAUGGUGUUGGUUGGGAUCUAACAGGAAAAACGUACAACACGCCAGAAAAUUGGAUCAAAUAUAUUCUGCCACAAAUUCUCAAAGACCAGCGUGAGGAGAAUUUAUUAAGCGACAAUACUGAAGAAGGUAAUUCUGAAAAAUUGCCAAGUAUUUCAGAAAUUGAUCCAGGAAAAGAAGAAAUAUUGCGAUACUCCUUCCUUGAUGCAUUCUACUUGUCACCUUCUAUUUUGUACCAAGAUUAUGAUAUUGGAGAUGAAAUUCAUCAAGAGCAAGAGUUGACCUAUUCGGUCGAGAGUUUCGAGGAUCUUUCUGAUUAUGAAGACGUUUACGUUAGCUCGUAUCUGUUCAACAAAACAUUGGCUGAUGAAAAAGAUUUUGGAAGCAAUUAUGAACCUCCUUUUGUUGAAAUUUGCUUACAAGAUGCUACACCUGAAAAUGCACGAGAUCAUCCUUUCCUUAGUAUUCUUGAAAAAACCAUGAGAAUGCGUGUCAAGGGGUCGCUUCAUCAUGAAGAGCAUCAAGAUAUUGAGGUGUCACUCAUGAGACUUGGCGUCUCCUUAAUGAUUCUCGACUGCUUAAAUCAGGAGCUCAUUUACUUACUUCACCGCACCACUGAAGAACAAUAUCAAAGGGAAAGUAGACCAUUGAUAAGAUAUGUUUUAGAUCAAUUCAUUGAUGAGAAUGGUGCGAAUUAUUUAUUGACUGGCAAUGCUUCGGUUUCAGUAAUCGAGGGACAAUUGGCUGAAUACACUGAUUUGGAAGGAAUCACCAAAGACUUGAAAAGAACAUUUUCUGACCCAUUUUGCCAUGACUCAGAUAGUGAGGAAAUUUCAGAUCGAGAUUCAGAUGAUUAUGAUUCAUUCGAUGAAGGAGAGGACAACAAUAUCAUUGAAAACUAUUCAAUGAGAUAUCGUGGACACAUGAUACAAGUGGAUGAUACCACUAACACACGUCAUCCUCUAUGGUAUACUCAUCAUACUCCAUCAUCCACUUUGAAAAUGUACAGAAAAAGCAAAUUGUUCAACUCUGACACCGUACCAACCAGUAUAGCAAGUUGUGAAGACUGGUUGUACCAUGGCGUAGGAGAAGAGAGCACCAGCGUGGCAGACGAAGAAUGGGUCACUUUUUAUAAAAAUUUCCAACCUCAAAACGGUGAAGAUAAUCACAUUCAAUCGUUGGAUCAUGUUUUUGAGACCAGUAUCGAUGAAGAGCAUCAGAACCCUGAAAGUGAUUCACUUCAUGUGGAUUUAAUGAGAUUAAUGCGCCAGGCUGGAAUUCUUUCAUGCAACGAAGGAAGUAUCCUCGAAGGAUUCUUUAUUCUUAAAAGCUUUAUUGGAAAAAUUAUUGAAUACUUGCAAAUAACGAAGGAAAAUAACUUUGUAGACAAGGACGAUGUCAUUUGCGCUAUCAAGGCAUUAGGUCUAGGUAAAUUGUAUUCACCACCUAGGCUUUGUGAAUUCAUGCAGAGUGUGUUUACAAAUUUGGAGCCACAAUUCAAGUCACAACCUUCUAUUGCACCAACCAAUUUUUCUGAAGUGAUUUAUGAAGAUUUGAACACAUUUUUUGAAAAUACCAAUCUGGAAGAGCUCGACCAAACAGAGGACAUUGAAUACAAUUUAUGUGACUAUGAUACAUUGGUGAAUAACAACACAAUGGCUGAUGAUAUUACACAUUUCCUCAAUGAGGAUGAUCCAUCUUACAAUGAUAGCUAUAUUGUGAACUCUCAGUCUGACAAGAUUGGUGUGUACACUCCUUUGAUUCGUAGCAGAUGUCCCUCAUUGUACAACGACUUCUUCAGCACACCAGAAAUGCGCUCCAAAGGUUUAGACAUUUCAUUGGUUAGGGAUCGUUUAAUAUUAGAAAAAUUUGAAAAUAUUUGUUUGGAACCUGACGUUGUAUUUGCAUGGAUUGAAAAUAUUUAUCUUGGAGUUUUAGAAAAUAUGUUUGACAAGACAGUUGAAGAAGCCAAGUACACAACACUCAAUGCCUUGUUCUCAAUUUGGAAGCCUCAUGUUCAUGCGAUGGAAAAGCGUUUUAUUGAUGACGAGGACACAAUUGAACAGUCACAAUCUGGAACUCCUUUCGAGUAUUUAUUAGACAGGAUCGAUCAUCAUGACAAAUGUUACACUCUCAAUGUAUUGUGGAAAGAUGACGAAUCUAAAGAUUUCACACUAUUUAUUCCCAUUGAAGAGAGCAAUACACAACAAACGAACGAUUCAGAGCAGCAAAAAUCUCACCUCGAUAAUGAACUUGUUGUUCAACAGUCAUCCAAGCACAGAAUUGAAUGCAAAGUCCACAAAUUUAUUCUUUCUUCUCGUUCACCUUAUUUCAAACAAUUAAUGAAAGGAACAUUUAGUGAAAAACAAGCCACAGAGUACAAUGUUGGAGACUUUAUCAGCACUGAGAAAACAUUACAACUAUUUGUGUACUACUUGUACCACAAUUAUCUUCAAACUCCAACUUUGCCGCACACCCAUCCAGAUUUUUCGCAAGUAUUUUCAAAUGAUAUGGCAGAUGUUAUUGAAAAAAGUCAUCAAAUCAACACUUACCAUACCUAUGAAGAAGAAGAUGACGAACAAAGUGACAAUACAAUGGAAGAAAGUGAUGCAGAAAUUGGAGACAGUAAAGAAGAAAGCAACACCAUGGAUCAUGGAGAUGAUGUCCUUUCUGAUGGACAAAACGAAAUUCAAAAUGUCAUUGUGGCAACAACAGGACAAAUUUCAUCAAUGGCUCUCAACGAAAAUGACCACGAGAAGAAUAUAAAUUGUGGUGAAUCAGAAUUACAAGAAGAAGAAACAACUAGAUCUCAUAAUGAGGAAAAAGAAAGGAGUUCAUCCCCCAAGUCGCAUGGCUCAGAAGAAAAUCUCGAGUUAUUGAACAGUUCUGUUCAAAGUGAAGCAGAGACAAAUGACAAUCCAGUGGAUGGAAGAAGUGACGACUCUGUUCAAAAAGAAGACACAGCAUUGUCACAAGCCAAAACAACAACAGAGAGUAUCAUGGAUAUUUAUACCAACUUGGAAUUAUUUCAAACAGCAGACUUUUUCAUGGUUCAAGGUUUGAAAGAUUUAGCAGAGCAUAAUAUUGGUCACUUGAUUUGUGAUGAGAAUGUCAUUGAACUUCUCAAUCUGGUACUGGAAAACACGAAUUUUUCCAAGUUGUUCACAACCAUUGAUGCCUAUUUGCUUUCUUCAUCGAAUAUUGAGUCGAUCACCAAUGAUAUUGCGCAAUCUGAGGAAAUGGUUCAAUAUUACACCUCACUUUCCGGACCAAUCACCCGAGAGAAUGUAAUGGACAGAUUGAGAUACGUUUUUGGAGUCUUGGAUAAAGUUAAUUACAGUGAUCCCAACAACAAUCAUCAGCAUGCAGAAGAGAAAUCUACAACACUGCUGCUCCAUGAAUUAUAUGUUCAACGGCUUGCAUCCUUCCACAAGCAAAAACUGGUUUGGUUUGUUGUGCGCAAUUUUGAUUUAUUUUCACACGAUCAGUUAGCCUUAAAAGAACUUAGUGAGAUACCGUGCACCUUGAUCACUGAUCAAAAGAAAACCAAUGUAUUGAAAGUAGUAGAAUGGCUAUGUGAUCGAUAUGGUUACACUUUUGAGCUCAUCGAACAUUCAUCAAUGCCUAGCUCCCAAACAAUUACCACUCCUUUGACUGAAACAAGUGAAUAA